UUUGCAUACAGGUCUAUGGUUUCCUUUGCGUGCUUUCAUUCUACCAGGAAAUCACUUUAAUCAAGAGUCAAAUCAAGUAUCGAAACGAUAAACAAUGUCCACCAAAUAAAGAGAAAAAUUAUUUAUAUAAUAACGACAAAAGAAAUGGAUUCUUCAAUAAUAAAGAUCACCACAAUUGCGAUGAUAAUGAACAAGCAAUGGCUGCCACCAAAGGAGUGCACAAUAAUCCUAAAGAUCUGAAACAUUAUCUCUCAGUCAAGAAAGAGUACCGAAACGAGUUGAGUGUAAUCACGGAAGAGAACAGCGGAGUGUUUAUUGAACCGCAGAGGAAGAUCAGCUCUGAUGCGAGUUCUGGGGGGCGGACGGACACCAGUCAGUUGAUGUCCACUCACGAGGAAUGGUCACAAUCGGGCAUUAAGUCACCCAUUAUGGAGGAUAUGAAUAACGUGUGCGACGGAGACUGCGAAAUGCAUUGCAAACCGCAGGAUAUGGAUCACGACAGAGGGACGGCUGACGCAAACAAUACUGUUAUCAUUAUUGCUGCCAAUAAUGAGUAAAGAAAUCUCUCGUCGUUUUUCAUCUCAUAUUCACUUUUUCCACCGAAGGAUAUCUUUCCCCAUAAUAUUACAGUUAUACCUGUCUUUUGUAUUAUUUAUAACCCU